AUGGACUUGACCGAACUCGGAGAACUGGUUCUUGGUUGUCGCCCAUAUUUGAUGGCUCCCUGUGCUUGUGUUCUUGUCGGAGACAAAGAAGGCCCGCUUAUUUGGCGGCUUGACCAAUUUGAGGCUGCAAAGGUGAGACUGGCGAUGGGUCUCUUCGUCAAUUCGGUUCUUUUCGCAGAUCUGGGCGCUCGGAUCGGGUGGAUCGGGUGUCAAAUGGUACUGCCGAAAGAUGUUUUGUUUCACAACGACUAA